AUGGCGCUCGCUAGACGCUGUACGCUUCCUCUUCUCCUCGUCCUUGCUUUAGCAUACAUUGCCAAUGCAGCCGUUGCGCCCACUCCCACGGCCACAGCAGGCCCCAAGUGCAAGAACGCGUUCCCUCAAAGGCCCCUGUGCAAGUUCGUCGACAGCUUGACCACGCGCGUCAUCCCCACCCUCGAUGGCACCAAGCCGCUUACCAUUGGUGCCUACCAGAUCUACCAGAAAUUCCAUCGCGAUCUGCCGGCGACGAAGCAGUACGCGUACGGCACGAGUCAGAAGACGGCGUCGUACCCCGGCCCCACCAUCGUGGCCAAGGUGGGCAUCGACACGACGGUCACGUGGGAGAACCACCUGCUCGACAACACGCACAUGUUCACCGUCGAUCCCACGCUCAUGAUGGGAUACAAGGUUCCCAAGAAGGGCAUUCCGAUCGUUGUCCACCGGCACGGCGGCAGCCAGCAGAGCUACUACGACGGCCACCCUUUCGCGUGGUUCACGCAGUACGGCGAGAAAGGCCCCACCUUCUAUAACAGCACGUACAAGUAUAUCAACGACGAGGCAUCCACCGUGUGGUACCACGACCACAUGGCGGGCAUGACGCGCCUUAAUGUCGCUGCCGGCCUCGCGGGGCUGUACAUUAUCACGGACCCCAAGGUCGAGUCCAAGUUUACCUGGUUACCACCUCUCAGCCGCACCGUCCCGCUCGCCAUCGCGGAUCGUCUGUUCUUCGCCAACGGGUCGGUGAACUACCCGAACGUGGGCAUCGUGCCGAGCGUGCACCCCAACUGGAUUCCCGAGUACAUUGGGGACACCAUCAUGGUCAACGGCGUGGUUUGGCCGUACCUCAAGGUCCGGCCUGCGAUGUAUCGGUUCAAGAUGCUGGGCGCGUCGAACGCGCGUUUCUACAACCUUCAGUUCGUUUGCGCGCAGCGCGGUGACUACCCCAACUUCGUGCCGCCGCUCAAGGGCCAAGUUCUCGACAUCGUCAGCAUCGCGACCGACGGCGGCUACUUGGAUAAGCCGGUGAUCUCCAAGUCGUACCUGCUCGUUCCGGGCUCUCGCCAGGAAGUGCUCGUUGAUUUCUCCAACCUGCCCUCCACGUGCAAGGACGUGAUUCUCCAGAACACCGCGCCCGCGCCUUACCCCGCUGGUGUGACCGCUGACCGCGACACUGGUCUUGUCAUGCGCUUCGUGAUCACCAACAAAAAGCGCAUCCCCGCCGCAAAGCUUCCCAGCACCAUCUCGUACAUGCCGCCGAUCGACUACAAGAACAUCCAGAAGGUUCGCUGGCACAGCCUGAUCGAGAAGAUGGACCCCAAGACGCAGCUGCCCAUCGAGAUCACCAUCGACGGCCUUGGGUACUCCGAUCCCCCCACGGACUUCCCCAAGCAGGGUACGAAUGAGCUGUGGCACAUCAUCAACCUGUCAGCCGACGCGCACCCGCUGCACAUUCACCUGAUCGACCACCGCCCCGUUUCCCGCCGCCCCUUCGACGUCGCGGCAUUCCAGGCGGGCAAGUGCGCGUUCCGCGGCAAGAAGCUGCCGCGCUGCUGGACGGGCCCGCGGGUGAAGGUCGAUCCCACCGAGGACGGAUGGAAGGACACCACCCCGGCGUUCCCUGGUCAGGUGCUCACGCUGUGGCUUGGCUGGCAUGACAACAGCGGCAAGCCCUUGAAGUUUGAUCCGACUGUUGGCCCGGGAUACGUGUACCAUUGCCACAUGGUGGAUCACGAGGAUAACGACAUGAUGAGGCCGUUCAAGGUCAUCAAUCUGCUUUCGGUUUUGCCCGAGCUAGUGCAAUCCAAGAUGGCAGAUUUCGUAGACGAGCCUCGCGUGGUGCAAUCUGAGAACCACGGAUGGCAGAAGGUGACCAAUGUUAAAAAGCAGCGUCGCCAGGAGCAGAAGGAUUCAAAGAAGACGUCAGCUGCGGGAAAAUCUGCAGCUGGAAAAGGGUCGAUCGGCCAAUCCGUGUUUUCUUCGCUGGAGGAUGAAUCUAAGCAGAGGAGAGCGAGGAUCGAGGCUCGUGCAGCGGCUGCUGCAGCAGCCGAGCGGGAAGCGGAGCGUGCGGAGUACGACGCUGACGAUGACGAUGAUGAUGACGACGAGGAGCGCGAAGCCAAGGCUCCAGCAGCAGCAGAGCCUAAGAAGCCUAAGAAACCUAAGAAGCCCAAGGUUACCGUUUUGGAGGCUGCAACGGCGAUUAAAGUGGACGAAUUGUCCGCGUUCCUUGUCGAGAUCUCGGAAUCAUUCGCAGGCAUGCCUGAUGUGCAGCUGAUGCGUUGUGCGGAUUUUUUCGCACGAGCCUUCAGCGCGGUGCUUCCAUCGCAGCUCAAUAUCCCCAAGAUCAUCCGAGAUUCCAGCUUGGCCAAAGCGCUUGACUUACCUUGGAAUGACAUUCCCGAGGAGGUUCGCACAACCGCCUCUGAAUGGCUGGCAGAGCGGCCUGCCGACGCGCUGGCGAAGUUUCUGGUUAACCUAGUGCGAUCUGCGCUGGAGGAUGUGCUUCCAGUCGGCAAGGUGGCCAAGGGAACCGCCGCACAGCCGUUGACGCCGCCCAAGGCCAAGGUCGGCAUGCUGGUGCUGCUGGUGCUGCUGUUGAGGCGGCGACCUGACGUGAUGCUACAGGCUGCAGACACCAUUCGCACCGACCCUGGCUGCCUCGGCCAGGACAGGCUGCCCGUGCUCGCCUGGAUGUACGGCCAGGUGGCAGUGGUGGAUCUGGUAUCGGGCAUGGCGCUGCUGGUCAGCAAUCUCAUGCCCUUCACAUCGGGCAAGCAGGGCUCGCCUGUGGGCCGUGACGUCACGCUCACCUACUUCCAAACCGUGCUGCUGCGGGGCAACGAGCGCAAGGCGAGGGCGGUGCUGCUGAACGGCGCCUUCCGCAAGGGCGAGCGCCUGGUGCCCUACUCCACGCUCGACCAGUUCCUGCGCCUCGCCUACCCCCCCAACUCCGCCCGCACCAAGGCCACGGAUCGUUUUACUGCGCUCUACCCGCUUCUUAAGGAUAUCACGCUCGCAGGCUCGGGCCGAACCAAGUCCACCAAGGCUGUCGCCACGAUGCUGCUCCCGCUGAUGUUCCGAGCCGCAGGGGAAGAGCCUGAAGCGCUCGCCCAGGAGGCCAGCAGCCUCUUUGUGUGGUGCCUAGAAGAAAACCCCGAUUGCUACCUGCAAUGGGAGCGGCAUCACGCGGAGGAUCAUGCCACGAGCACCCUCCUGCUCACCUACGUGCUGCGCUCAUGGCCCACUGUCAAAACCCAGCUCGCUCCAUUUGACCCCCUGCGCAAGUUCCUUGCCUCCAUUCGCAAAAAGCACAUCGCGGCACUGGAGGAGUUGGACGAGGGUCAAAUAGCUCGGAAAAAGGACAUUCAAAAUGCCGACGCAGCAGCCAGGAAGCUGCAAGGGAAGGUGGCUGCAGGAGGGAGCUGUGUGGUGGUGUCAGCUGCUCUGGCGGCUGUGGCAGCAGCUGCAGCGUAUGCAGCCUACAACUUGCCACCUCAGGGGGAGUUCGCCCUGGAUAUUGAUGCGGUGCUCGCACUUUUCAAGGGUAAUUAA